AUGUUGGUACCCAUCCCGAUCAUUGGGAAUAUCGUCAGAUACAGGGCGACGUACUAUCCCAAGAGCACUCUUGACCAGGUGGAUGCAGAGGUUGCGCUUCCACCUACUUCCGCUGCUGUCGAUGUGCCGCUGGAUAGCACGGUGAAGUCAAAGGAUCCUACCGUGCUCAAAGGCACGGCAGGAGCUGAGCCUGUGGUGCCAGAUAGCGCUGUCGUUACGGAACCCCUACUUAUCGACGGGACACCCUAUGGAGAGCUGGUUCCCGAGUUGACGGGUCCCCCGACGCUUCUUGGGGUUGCGAAGAACGUCUGGAACCGGGAGCACAUUUCUGGGACGUUCAGAGGCAUAUUCCCAGGACUCUUCUUCCCGUUCAUUUUCUUCCGUUUAUAUGUUACCCCAGGCCCUUGUGUAUACUUGGUGUCCUACUAUGAAGCGAUUAUAAAGAACUUGUUUUACAUCCCUUACCUCAUUUUAACAUACAGAAUCAUCGUAUGCCAACAGAAGCUCAACUUUGGAAAACCCAAGUCCGUCUUCCGCACCAUCUUCUCCGAGUACGAGCGCGCGCACCCCUUCCGCGCAAUACGCCACUCGCCGUUCAUCCUGCCCUUCCUCUGCCUGCUCUGCAUCGACCUCCUCCUCCUCCCGCUCCUGCGCACCCCGUUCUACAACCUGGGCGACCUCACAGCGGAGGGCUUCGACCCGACUGACGAGAAGUACCAGGGGCAGCCCUGGACGGCCCUUGUGCAGGAGCUUUUGAAGAAUGUUAUGUGGGGGACGAUUGCGCGGAUGGUGGCGUACCCGCUGCUUAUGGGUGCGGUGGCGGUGGUGAUGGCGCCUGUGGAUGUUGUCCUUACGCGCUUGGCGAUCCAGCCUGUCCAUGAGCCGAUCGAACAGGAGAGGGAGUCUGAGAAGAUGCUUAUGGUUGCGCCGCCUUCGUAUUUGCACUUGACUACUGAGCAAAGGCCGUAUGCCAACUUUUUGGACUGCUUCCAGAGGAUCAGGAAAGAAGAAGGUUGGGGUGUAUUUUACCGAGCGUGGUUCUUGACGUUCUUGGGUUACUGCCAUCCCGCUCUCCGGUAA